AUGUUAGAGAAAUUUUCAGAGGAAAAUGGGAUCAACAAUGUUACUGAUGAGUCACAUUUUCACCUCGAAGGGUACGUCAAUGGUCAAAAUUGCCGUUACUGGUCAUCAAGCAAUUCAAAAGAAAAACAUCAGAAAACAUUACACAGCCCCAAAGUUACUGUAUGGUGUGCAAUAUCGGCGAAGAAAAUCAUCGGGCCAUUUUUCUUUGAGAAUGACCAAGGUGCAACGGUUACAGUGACGAGCGAGCGGUAUAUUGAUAUGAUUAAUAUUUUUUUUGUACCGCAACUGCAAGAAGAGGGUAUUGACAAGUCAAGUGUGUGGUUUCAGCAAGACGGAGCCACAGCCCACACAGCUAGGGUCUCCAUGGGUACACUAAAAGCGUUGUUUUCGGGUAAAAUCAUCAGCCGCUUUGGAGACAUAUUGUGGCCACCUAGAUCUCCUGACUUAACUUCAUCAUAUAUAUCUGACUUUUUCUUAUGGGGUUAUCUCAAAGGAAGAGUUUAUGAUACCCCCCUUUCGAGUUUGGAGCAGCUGAAGGCUAAAAUAACGACAGAAGUGAGAGCCAUAUCAGUUGACGUUCUACGGCGUGUCUCUGCAAAUUUGCUUGUCCGUUUUGAAGAGUGCAUUCGCCGUGAUGGAAGACAUCUUGACGUUGUAUAA